AUGGGAAGCGUUCCGAGCACCUCCAGCUGCAGCAAGCUCGACGCUCCCCAGGUGCCAGGCGCAGUCAUCACCUCCUUUGUCGCCGCGGAGCUCCAUGGAAUCAGUAACUCCUUUGUCGGCGACAGCAUCAAUGGGCCCGUCGCCGCGAGCGACCUCCGAGUCUGCGACAUCAACGUGACGCUGACCCACCCGGGCCUCGAUGACGAGGUCAACUUCCAGCUUUGGCUCCCGCUAACCAGCUGGAACGGCCGAUUCCAGGCUUUGGGAGGUGGCGGCUAUGCAGCAGGCGCGAGCGAAGAGGAACUCGGCAACGCAGCCGCCCAUGGGUUCGCGGUGGGCACUACGGAUGGCGGUGGCUUGGGAGAAGACCAGGUCACUGUCUCCCCUGAUAUCCUGAGCCCCGAGGGAGAGAUCGAUCUCGGCACCUUUUCCGACUUUUCUGCACGCGCCCUGCAUGAACUGGCCAUCGUGGGCAAGGCAGCCUCGGCCAGUUUUUAUGGCAAAGCCCCUCAUCAUUCCUACUGGACUGGUUGUUCGACCGGCGGCCGUCAGGGCUACAUGAUGGCCCAGCGCUACCCAGAAGACUUUGAUGGGAUUGUCGCACACGCUCCAGCUCUGCGCUGGCCGAGCGUUGUUACCAGUCUACAGUGGCCGCAGAUCGUCAUGGACACUUACCAGCACUACCCCAGAGCUUGCGAGUUCCAGUACUUGUUGAACGAAACAAUCGCGGCGUGCGACGAACUCGACGGUGUGAAAGAUGGCGUCGUCGCGGAUCCCUUCAACUGCCAGUUCCACCCCCAGACACUCGUGGGCCACUCCGCCAACUGCAACGGACAGAAUAUCCCCAUCUCGCACAACACCGCCGACAUCUUCCAGCACAUCUAUGACGGACCCGUGAGUCCAACUGGCAAACCCCUCGAGCCGGGCCUCACGUGGGGCACCACUCCAGCUUAUCUGGCCGGCACACUGUCCCUCGGCGAUGUCAGCGGCGGCAUGGACUUUCCACUCUCCGCGGCCUGGUUCUCGAUAUUCCUGGAGAAGAACAAAUCCUUCAACCUGUCCUCAAUCACAACAGACGACUUCCCCAACUACCUCUCCCAAGCCUGGGCCGAGUACGGCGGCCUCAUCGGCACAUCCAACCCGGAUCUUAGCCCCUUCCGCAACCACGGCGGCAAACUCCUUACUUGGCACGGGUUGGCGGACGGCCUUCUCACAGCAAAGAACACGCUUAUCUACCGCGACCAGGUCGAGCGCGUCAUGGGCGGACCAGACACUACCAACGCGUUUUAUCGUCUCUUCCUCGCGCCCGGGGUCGACCACUGCGGAGGCGGCAAUGGGCCUGUCCCGACCAACACCCUUGACGCUUUAGUUGCAUGGGUAGAAAAGGGCAAGGCCCCAGAUGUAUUGCACGCCGAGUACAAGGACUCCAGCGACGCUACUGUGACUCGCAAUAUCUGCCGCUAUCCACUUGUGGCGCGGUAUGAUGGCAAGGGGGACCCGAACAAGGCGAGCAGCUACUCCUGCCAGAGCUCGUUUGUAUAG